AUGUUUUCUUCUGUAACCGAAUUCACCGCAUGCCUAAAGGCUCGGGACACCGUUCUCGAACACUUUGCCCAACUCUAUGGGAUGAACAAAUUGCCUUUUUUUGUCUUCAAAAUAAAAGCUUUUCAGGGAGAGAUGGAGGAAGAGCGAAAGCGGAAACUGAGAGAAAAUAUCAAGUAUGUCAUGGACAAUCCGCAUUUUGGUAGAUUGGAGAAGAAGGGGGUUCGCUCUCGAAGACCCAUGUUAGGACUGACCGCUUCGUUUGCCAUGUGUUAUGCCCAGUUGCAGCUCGGCUCGUCCAAAUUCACAACGGAAUUUGAGCGCCUAGAAGAUUAUUUCCUACUUACUUCGCUCAUUAUUCGUACGCGGAGACAAGCUUUUGCACCCACACUGGAGUCCCUAUAUAUUGAUGCGUGCUCUCUGUUUGGAAAAGAUCAAGUUCGGUAG